AUGAUGAUAACGCGAUUGCUUUAUUUGUCUCUGUGGGGUAUCCUCGGUCUCUCUUGUUUGGUGAAUGAUUCCACUUUGCAAGUUGGGGCGGACACGGUGGUUGUUCCUAACAACAGUACUAGCACUACUGCAAAUGCUACCUGCGAGACAGCCGAAGCACGUUGGAGCGACACCAACGUGAAGGAAGUCUUGGAUGCCUGGCAGUUUACUCCAGAGGAACAAGCACGCUUUUUGGAAUUGCGCAUCCGGCUGUCCGACAUUGAUCACUGGAAGAACGACCCGGCCGAAGUGGCGCGAUUUAUUAAAGAACACAAUUUUCACGUGUCCAAAGCGGAAGAAAUGUUUCGUGGCAUGAUUGCCUGGCGGUUGGAGAAUGACAUUGAUACCUUUAUGGAACGCUACGGAGAACCACCCGCCAUUUUCCACUAUGCACCCCUCUUUUUACUGCGAGGACUCGAUCACGACGGAGAUCCCAUUUUUGUCGAACGCAUUGGAGUACUGGAUGGCUGGGGACUCUACCAACGGCUUGGGCUGGACGCCAUGAUGGAUGCCAUGCGGUUUGUCUCGGAAGUUCAUACGUCCCGCGAAGUCGGCAUUCGGACCGAAUGGCAAUGGCAAAAAGGACACUACGAACGCGUCAUGGGCAAACGCGUCACCCAAUUUACCAUUCUCAUUGAUCUGGAAGGACUGGGAUUGCAACUGUUACGACCCGCCAUGUUUCAACUCUUGUCGGAAACGGCACGCAUUGCCCAAGAUCAUUAUCCCGGACUCGCCAAACGCAUUGUCAUGGUACGAGCUCCACGGCUCUUUCAAAUGGCAUGGAAGGUCGCCGUGCACUUUUACGAUGAUCGAGUCCAAGACAAAUUCAUCUUUACCACCAAGGAAGAUUAUUUGGAUAUUCUCUCCAAGUAUAUGGACUUGGAAGUACUGCCCGAUGUCAUGUAUCCGGGCGGUGGUAAGGGAUCUCAAAUGCCAGGAUUCUUUGAAAAGAUUCGAAUGGAAGGAGGACCCAUUCCCAAAGACAUGUCGUCGUCGUCGUCGUCGCUGCAACAAGAGGAAACCAACACGGCCUUAUUGUCGGACUUGACAGCCGCCAGUGCCUAG